AUGAGGCAGGUUAAUGUCACCUGGGUUACUCUAAUCCCGAAAUCUGAGAAUCCGAUGACCAUUGAAGACUAUAGACCAAUAAGCAUGGUGGGUGCCCUCUAUAAAAUCAUUACCAAAAUUCUCUCCUUGCGCCUCAGAGAAGUGAUUGCCCCUCUGAUAGAUGAAUCUCAAAGUGCUUUCGUCAUGAACAGACAGAUUCUUGAUGGUGUUUUGAUCGCAAUUAACUGGAACUUUUUGCAGCUUGUCAUGGAAAAACUAGGGUUUGGUAGAACUUGGAUAAGAUGGAUUAUGAACUGCGACACUUCUGCAUCCAUGUCAAUCCUACUUAAUGGGACACCAUUGAAGUCGUUUAAGAUGGAGAGAGAAGCUAUACAGGUUGGAAAAGAUCAGGUAUGCCUUAAACACCUUCAAUUUGCUGAUGAUAUGCUUAUCUUUGCUCCAAAAAAUAUGUUGUGCAUUAAUAAUUAUUUAAGAAUACUAGACGUCUUUGCUAUGAUGUCUGGGUUGAGCCUCAAUUACAGUAAAUCGUGUUUUAUAUCGUGGAGUUCAAGGGAUCAGCAAUGGGCUAGAGAGGUUGCCAGCUCUAUGGGGUGCCGCCAUUCAUCAUGCCCCGUCACAUAUCUUGGCUUUCCCCUGGGGGAUAAUAUGAACAAACGCUCUGCAUGGAAGCCAGUGAUAGAUAAAAUACAAUGCAGGCUAGCUACAUGGAAAGCUAAGAUCCUAUCUAGAGCGGGUCGUCUUACACUCAUAAAAAGUGUCCUCAACUCUCUUCCUGUCUAUUACAUGAGUAUGUUCAAAAUGCCGAAAGCCAUUGCCUCAAAAAUCGUAUCCAUACAGAGAAGCUUCUUCUGGGGAGGUCUAUCAGAAAACAGGAAGGGGUGCAAUAGAGUCAAAUGGACAGAUAUCCAACUUCCAAAGCAAAUGGGCGGUCUUGGAGUAGGUAACAUAAUGCAUAAAAAUCUGAUGCUAUUAUUUAAGUGGUGGUGGCGCUUCUCUGAUUCAAACAACGCUAUGUGGAAGAAAAUCCUAAAAUCUGUUCAUGAAAUCAAGGGACUAAAAGCGUCGUCUGAAGCUUUCACCAAAGUCAGAGAAGGCGCAUGGGCCCUUUUGCUGAGUAAUGAUGCUGACACAGCCAGGAUUAGAUCCGUCAUUGAGGAAGGCAUGAUUGUAAAGCUUGGAAACGGCAGUUCAACCCAAUUUUGGCAUGAUACAUGGUGUGAAGCCGGACCGUUGAAGAGGAUUUUCCCACGUUUGUUCUCAAUAUCCAUGCAGAAAACCUCUUUCAUAAGUCAGAUGGGAGUAUGGCAAGAAGAUAUAUGGUCCUGGCAAUUUCGAUGGCGACGUACGUUAUAUGAUUGGGAAGAUGACGAAGUGUUAAGGCUGAGAAGCCAAAUUGAACAUAAAAGGCCGAUCAGAGAGGUGGAGGAUGGAGUAUUAUGGAGACACUCUGGCAACUCAUGCGAUCCGAUAAAGAGUAUUACUCAACGAAUGAAUGAAGAGUUUGCCUCCACUUUGCCCAAGCCAGUACUGAUAUUCCUCGGCAAGCUUAGUACUGGAGAUUUUCUUGUGGAUAAGGGAAUCAUAGAGCCUCAUCGCGCACUAUGUCCUUUUUGCAAUCAACAAACAGAGUCAAAUUCCCAUGUCCUCUUCACAUGUGGUUUCUCAUGGCGUGUUUGGAUGCAUAUGCUUGAAUGGUGGGGCCUCUCAGACUUUGAAAUCAUCUCUGUUUUUAUUCAAUCUACCCCUGGUAUGUUAUUAAGCCCUGGUUCUACUUCUUAUCCAACUCUUGUAAAAGUUUUCUAUUCAAACUUAUCUUUUAUUAUGGUUGAUGGAGAACAAGCUUUAAGAAGUUUUGUAAAAGAGGAAGUGGAUUGUUCUGGUCCUAUUUCGUUGUCUAAUGAAAUCCUUCCGCCUCUUGUGGAAGAAGAGGUCGUUGAUGGUGAUGCUGUUGUACCUAAAGAGGCUGAGGCUAAGGAGAAGGAAGAAGACGCUGAGAAGAAGGGAGAUGAUGAUCAAGAAGUUGCUGUUGAGGGUCAAACUAUUGAUGUUAAUAGUGCUGAGACUACUCCAAUCCAAACAAUUAAUCCAACUGAUGAUGAAAUGUUCUGA